UGACUUCGCGUAGGUGAAUCAGGUGAGUGGCGCGAGUCAAGUUGAACGUGCCUGUGAAAUUCCGUCAAUCACUGUCUUAGAAAUAGAAAAAUAAUUACUGGGACUGUUUUGGAUUUGAACACAUCAAAAAAAUAAAACAUUCUCCAAAAUGGGAGCAAUGUUUAGAAGUGAAAAAAUGGGCCUGGCCCAAUUAUUCAUCCAACCCGAAGCCGCUUAUCUCUCUAUAUCGGAAAUUGGAGAGACAGGAAAAGUUCAAUUCCGUGAUCUGAACAGUGAAGUCAGCCUUUUUCAGCGAAAAUAUGUCCAUGAAGUACGCCGUUGUGAUGAGAUGGAACGAAAAUUGCGUUUCAUUUCAUCUGAAGUAGCCAAACAUGAUGUCCUAAUUCCCGAAACAUUUGGACCAAUGCCUCGUGCACCUAAUCCUCGUGAAAUCAUCGAUCUUGAGGCCAAACUUGAAAAAAUAGAGCAUGAUGUUCUCGAGCUCAAUUCGAAUGCUGUCAAUUUAAAAGCUAAUUAUCUCAAAGACAUUGAAUUACGCUAUAUUUUGGACAAAACUCGCAUUUUCUUUUCUGAGGCAGAUAUGGAUACAAUGGGCCGCGUAUUCAGCGAGGAAACCCAAAUCCAACACUCUACUCAACGUGGACGCUUAGAUUUUGUUGCUGGAGUAAUUGAUCGGAACCGCAUGCCCGCUUUUGAACGCAUGCUCUGGCGCAUUUCAAGGGGUAACGCUUUAUUAAAACAAGCUGAUAUUGAAAAACCUUUGGAAGACCCAAUUACAGGCAACCCGCUUUAUAAAACCACGUUUGUAGUCUUCUUCCAAGGAGAACAAUUAAAAUCAAGAAUACAAAAAAUUUGCAGUGGUUUUCACGCCUCCAUCCAUCACUGCCCAAGUAAUCAUACCGAACGCAAAGAAAUGAACAAACACGUUCAAACGCGUAUUGCUGAUCUUGAAUUGGUUUUAAAUCAAACUCAAGAUCAUCGCUACCGCGUUUUGCAGAGCGUGGCAAAAGAUUUAUCUACGUGGGAAAUACAAGUUAAAAAAAUGAAAGCAAUUUAUCAUACACUAAACUUGUUUAAUAUUGAUGUAUCAAAGGAAUGCUUAAUCGGAGAGUGUUGGGUACCGAUGGCUGAUAUUGGUUUAGUGCAAGAGUGCUUAGCUGAGGGAACGCGUCAGUGUGGAAAUGCCAUUCCAUCUUUUUUGAAUAUACUGCAUACAGAUGAAAACCCUCCUACUUACAAUAGAACAAAUAAAUUCACUCAAGGAUUUCAAGUGUUAAUUGAUGCAUAUGGUGUUGCAUCGUAUCGUGAAGCUAAUCCCGCCCUGUAUACUAUUGUGACUUUCCCAUUUUUAUUCAGUGUCAUGUUUGGAGAUGCUGGCCAUGGGCUUAUAUUAUUUUUAUUCGGUCUCUACAUGGUUACACAAGAAAAAAAAAUAUUAAAACAAAAAUCUAAAAACGAAAUAUGGAACAUAUUUUUUGGUGGUCGCUACAUCAUUUUAAUGAUGGGAUUAUUCUCGAUAUAUACUGGCAUAAUCUAUAAUGACAUAUUCUCCAAAUCAAUGAACAUUUUUCAAUCUAGCUGGAACGUAAGCAGCUAUAAUGAAAAUUAUAUCAAGAUUCAUCAUUCCGACCAAUUGGAUCCAAAAACUUCCUUUUGGGGGAAUCCUUAUCCCGUCGGCAUGGACCCUGUCUGGGCUUUGGCUGAAAACAAAAUUAUCUUUUCAAAUUCAUAUAAGAUGAAACUAUCCAUAAUAUUUGGUGUCGUUCACAUGAUUUUUGGAGUCACUGUCAGUGUCGUCAAUAUUAUACAUUUCAAGAGAUACUCAAGUCUGAUCUUUGAAUAUUUACCGCAAUUACUGUUUCUGGUAUUGCUUUUUGCAUACAUGGUUGCCCUUAUGUUUAUGAAAUGGAUUUUGUACUCUGCACAAUACCCAGGCGAUUUUUCGGAAGGGUGUGCGCCAUCGAUUCUUAUAACUUUCAUAAACAUGAUGCUCUUUAGAUACGAUAAUAAAGGAGAAACGAUUGAUAAAAAUAAAUUCCAAUGUCCUGAAGAAAUAUUCGCAGGUCAGAGAAUAUUGCAAAAGACAUUUGUAUUUGUGGCUCUUGCUUGCAUUCCUCUUAUGCUUUUUGGAAAGCCUAUAUAUUUUUUGUGUACGAAGAAAUCAAAAAAAUCGAAACCCAUUGCAAAUGGGAUGGGCUCCGGAGACGUUGAAUUGCAACAAAGCAACGGUACAGCUAAUCAUGCUUCAUCUCAUGACGAUGGUCAUGGUGAAGAAGAAUCAUUUGGCGAAAUGAUGAUUCAUCAAGCGAUUCACACGAUCGAAUACGUACUGUCUACGGUAUCUCAUACAGCUUCGUAUCUGCGUUUAUGGGCUUUAUCAUUGGCCCAUGCUCAACUGUCAGACGUCCUCUGGAAUAUGGUUCUUAAAUUUGGUUUCAAUGCUGAAGAGGGUCAAUAUUUAAAAGCGAUUUACCUGUUUCUGGCAUUUGGAGCUUGGUCCUUACUUACUCUUGCAAUUUUAGUAAUGAUGGAGGGUCUGUCUGCUUUCCUUCACACCCUGCGUUUGCAUUGGGUCGAAUUUAUGAGCAAAUUUUAUAAAGGCGAAGGUUAUAUUUUCCAACCGUUCAGUUUCAAAAAUAUUUUAGAUUCUGAAGAAUCAACGGAAGAUGAUUAA